GCUUACGAGUGAAGGAUAUAUAAGGUGUGUGUAAAACACAAUAAAGAAAACUUGCUAUUUCGAGAACUUGCUAUUCUGAUGCCACACUGACUGAGGGAAUUCUGUAACGGGACCAAGCGCCGACAAUUGGCGCCUGAACAGGGAGCUGAACGAACAGUGACUCCAGAGAAGAGGGACUCAAAUGAACAGGGACUUGAACGAACAGGGACUCGAAAGAUGACCAUGGCUGAAGCUGAGUACCAGACCAGUGUCCAGGAGAAGCUGACACUUAUAAUUGCCUCCUCUGCAGCAGGACUGGUGUUUCUCAUUGCUGUUGUAGUCAUCAUUACUGUGGGCAACAGAAGAAGGGGCUUGGAGAAGCCUUGCAAAGAAUACGCUGAAAGAAGUGGGACGGGCUCGGAGAAGCCUUAUAGAAAAUACGCUGAAAGAAGCGUGGCAGGCUCGGGGAAGCCUUGUGGAAUGCACGCUGAAGGGAACGUGGCAGGCUCGGGGAAGCCUUGCAGAAAAUACGCUGAAAGAAGCGUGGCAGGCUCAGGGAAGUCUUGUGGAAUGUACGCCGAGGGGAGCGUGGCAGGCUCAGAGCAGCCUUGUGGAAUGCACGCCGAAAGGAGCGUGGGAGUCCCGGAGAAGCCUUGUGGAAAACAUGCUGAAGGAAGCGUAAAAGGCUUAAAAAAGAAGCCGUAUCGAGAGGGGGCUGAAAGAAGCCUCAUCGUCCCCAGCCACUCCGACUGCUUCUCGCUAGACGAAGGUAAGCGCUUGCGCACUAUGGGGAACAAAAUGUCCUCGGAACAGGAAAAUGUUUUUGCUACUUUUCAAUUUAUCCUUAAACAACGGGGGAAGGCAGUGUCCUCUGCUGACCUGCAACAGAUCCUCAUAUGGGCUGCUUAAAAACAAUCCCUCAUUUAUAAAUCAGACAAUUUAUGAUCUGAAAACUUGGGAUGGGAUCGGAGUGAAACUGUGGGGCGCAUCCACUAAAGGUGAUAAGGUGGCGUCUGGGUUACCUGAAACCUGGAGAAAAAUUUUUGAACCUUUGAAAAGUCAUGAGGGUUCAUCGUCGGCUACCCCCAGUCCAUUCAAGAAUGAAGGAGCCACAGGCCCUUCAUCUGGCUCACCCGCUGUGCCAUCAGCUCCUCCGUUGUCACCACCACGGAGGGUCCUUGCCGCCUCCCCUCCUGAGGGUCCUGACAAUCCUUUUGAGGGUCCUGACAAUCCUCCUGAGGGUCCCGACAAUCCUUUUGAUCCUGGGCCAAUAGACCCUGAAGAAGAGCGGGAUCUGUCUCCCUCCGAUCCACACGAUAUGUGGGCGCUUAUUCGGAGGGAGGCUAGGAAAGCCGGAGACGCGGACAUGUUGGGGGCUUUUCCUGUCAUUGUAGCCCCAGACCAAGAGCCGCAGUGGGAGGCUUUGUCAUAUAAUGUCCUGCGAGAUUUACGGCGUACUGUCACUGACCACGGCACAGGUGCCCCAUAUACUGUCAAUUUGAUUCAAUCCAUAUGCGAUAGCUCUGUUCUCACGCCGCAUGAUUUCAAAAUGAUGUGUCGCCUUAGUAUGACUGAUAUGCAGUAUACUGUGUGGAAUCUAAGUGGAGGGGACUAGCACAGAUUCAGGCAACUGAGAACCUGAUGCUACCGCAGAGAAACUCGCUUCGGACUAUAGAUGUGAGUGCUUUGAUGGGUGAGGGAGAUUUCUCCAUCCCAGCUCAACAGGCGCAAAUUGCUGUGGAAGGGCUACAGCAAGUUAAGCAUUUGGCAAUGUGUGCUCUCAGGACUGUGCCAGAGGCUGGAAACCUGAAAGCAGAAUUGCCUCUGUUCGACCUUUUGUUUUCUCCAACUAUGCUCCUUCAAUCGUGGGCACUAGUAGUGAUAGGUUUGAAAGACUUUUUCUUUAACAUCCCAUUGUGCCCUCAGGAUGUCCCUCGCUUUGCAUUCUCUGUCCCUUCCAUUAACACUGCCGAACCGCAUAGUCGUUAUCACGGGACUGUGCUGCCACAGGGAAUGAUACAGGCAGCGACCGCAGCAGGGAAAAAAAAAUUGCUGAAGAUAAGAUUCAAAAGACACCUCCUUGCUUAUACUUGGGCUGGAAGAUCUCAAAACAGAAUAUUCAGCCACAGACUGACAAUAGGAACAAAGAUCAAUCAAAGAUGACUCAGCAAGCAGCACACCGCAGAAAGCUACAUCAGCCUAUUAAUGUUUUUGUUAUUGACUACUUGUUGCCAGUUUCUAAACUGUCAUUAACCCCCCUUGCAGGUGCUCUUACUGUUUUUACAGAUGGAUCCGGCAGGACUGGCCAUGCAGGGAUAGUAUGGAGGAAUAGUGCUGGAACGUGGGAUAGUGAUGUUCAUGUCACCACCGGCUCCCCACAAAUUGUGGAACUGACAACAGUGGUUCGUGUGUUCGAACAAUGGUUUGAACCCAUCAACAUAAUAACAAAUUUUGCUUAUGUUGCAGGCAUCGUGAUGCGACUUGAACACUCUUAUCUAAAAGAGACAACGAAUGCACAAUUGUUUGCACUGCUUUUACAUUUAAAGUGGUUACAAGCCUAUGGUACCUUAAAGGCCAUGCUUCAAAAACAAAAAAGGGGGAGUGUGGGUAUGACUCCUCAGGAAAGAAUAGCUAAAGCAUGCUAUGUUCUUAAUUUCUUAAAUCACUGGACAACAGAGAACCUCCAAAUUUACAGGCACUUUGGUGAUAAUACUCUAACUUCUGUCAAGGAAAGAGCACAGGUUAUGGUAAAAAAUCUGAGCACCAACCAAUGGGAGGGGCCCUACUCGUUGAUAACCUGGGGUCGAGGUUAUGCUUGUGUCUCAACAGGAACAGGUCUGAGAUGGGUGCCAACAGGAUGGGUCUGUCCAUCUGUCUCAUCAUCUGCUGUAACAUGAUCACCACACUCUCAUCAGCGGUUUGGACCCUAUCUGCAGCAGAGCAACCUUGGACCACAAGAAUUGGAAUUGUUGGGAUCAGUUAAAAUGGACUAUUGUCUGUACUUCAACUAUAGUGGGAAGAAUCAACCAUUAAUUCAGUGUGUUAAUUCUAGUUUAGCUGCUUAUUGGAAAAAUGGGGUUAGUUUGUUUCAUUGCUUUUCUCUGUGUUUUAGUUUGUGUUCCAUGCGUGUCUCAGUGUGUAUACAAGAUGCUGUGAACUGCCCUUUUUUAUUAACAAAGAAGGGGGAGAUGUGGGGGGAGACUUAACAACAAAGAGCCCAACAGACUCUGGUAGAUCUUAUCUCUAUGAGGCCUCCGGAGUCUGGAGACAGGGCUAAGGUGUAAACAGAAUACUCUUUAGUAUGCACAGCUAAUGAGGUCACUUCUGGGACAGUUAAGCAACCCUUUGUUAUCUAAGUUGUUGUGAAGAACUUAAGGACAAUUAACCAUGAGUGGAUUUACUACUUACCAGUGAAGGAUACAUAAGGUGUGUGUAAAACACAAUAAAAAGAACUUGCUAUUAUAAGAA